AUGGCCGCUCAAGAAUACUUCAACAGCGGCAAUGCUGGCGACCAGCGUCAGCAGAACCCCUCGCCCUGGUCAUCGCCCGCCAUCAACACCCCCAGUUCCACAGGCUACGGCUCCUAUCCUCCCUCCGUCGAGAACGGCCAAGACCGCUAUGGCGCCUCUUCUCCCUACCCACCACAAGGCGCCGGAGGCUACAACCGCCCCUACAGCCCAUACCAGCAACCCCACUCAGGCGUCGCAUCCCCUCAGCCCAACUACCAGAACCCCGAAUACACAUCCUACAACGGCGGACGGCCCCCAUACCCCCAAUACGACCAAUCCGGCCCCGAGCCCCGACCCUACCCUCAGCAAGAAGGCUACGGCUCCCACCAACAGCCUCCUCCGUACUCCCCGGAGUCCACCGACCCCGCCGCAGCCGGUGAGGGCGACAAAGGCCUGAUGGGAGCUCUCGCCGGUGGCGCGGCCGGCGGUUUCGCCGGCCACAAAGUCAACCACGGCAUUCUCGGCACCAUCGGCGGAGCGAUGAUGGGCUCCGUCGCCGAAGACGGGUUCAAGAAGCACAAGGAGAAGAAGGAACGCGAAGAAGAGGAGCGUCGUCAGAUGGAGGAACGUCGGCGGAUGGAGGAACAAUACCGAAUGGAAGAGCAGCGCCGAAUGGAAGAACGUCAUCGCAUGGAAGAGCAGCAGAGAAUGCACCAGCAGCAUCAUCACAGACCCCCUCCGCACCACGGCCCGCCUAUGCGCGGUAACUUCUCCUCCUCGUCCAGAGACAUUCGCCUCGAGAGCCACCAUGAUCUGGUUGCUGCGUGCGGUCGGGUCUCGGGUGAGUUGCAGCUCUCGUGCCUCCCGUUGAACAGUGUGCUAUCGAACAGCUGGGGAGAGUUCAAGUGGGAACGGAAUGGAAACUUUGCCGCCUCGGCUAGACAUGUUCGUUUGGUGGAUGGCGGACGCGUCCUGGAGGCGGAGUUGGCCAAUGGUAAUGGUGGAUGGAAUCGGACUUGGGUCCGAUUGGAUGAGAGAAUUACCAACCAGAAUGGUAGUCUGAUGUUUUUGGAUUAG